UAGUUUAUCUUGAUGAUAUAAUUGUUUAUUCAUCUUCAUUUGAAGAUCAUUUAAAUCAUCUCGAACUCGUUCUUCAACAAAUACAAAAUAGUGGUUUAACAUUAAAAAUUAAUAAAUGUCAUUUUUGUAAAACUCAUCUCAAAUAUCUCGGUCAUAUAGUUUCAAAAGACGGUAUUCAACCAGAUCCUGAUAAACUUCGUGCCGUUCGUGAAUAUCCUGUUCCGACGAAAUUAAAAGCUGUUCGUUCUUUUCUCGGUCUUACAAGUUAUUAUCGUCGUUUUAUCAAAAAUUAUGCUACAAUUGCUGAACCUUUACUAGCACUUACACGUAAUUCUGAUUCAAAAUCAUUUCAAUGGACUCAAGCUUGUCAAGAUGCAUUUGAGUUAUUACGACAACAUCUGAUCGAAGCUCCAAUUAUUUCUUAUCCUCGAUUUGAUCAACCUUUUAUACUACAAUUAGAUGCUUCUGAUGUCGGUAUUUCUGCUAUUCUUGCUCAAAAAUUAGUUGAUGAUGAUAAUAUUACUCGUGAACAUGUUAUUGGUUAUGCUAGCCGUACAUUAUCACCAGCUGAACGAAAAUAUAAUGCAACCGAACGUGAAUGUUUAGCUAUUAUUUAUGGAUCUAAUUAUUAUCGACCAUAUCUUGAAGGUACCAGAUUUACUGCUGUUACUGAUCAUAAAGCUCUUAAGUGGCUCCAUUCAACUAAAGAUCUUAAUACUCGGUUAGCACGUUGGGCAAUUCAAAUUGCUGCUUAUGAUAUGGAUAUUCAACAUCGACCUGGUAGUGAGAAUGGUCCACCUGAUGCAUUAUCUCGUUAUCCUCUUAAUGGUACUGCUGAUGAUGAUAUUGAAUCUUCAUCUAUUAUUUCUUCAAUUUCAUCUAAUUUUCAUGAUACAAGUUACAAUGAUUUUUUAUCUUCUAUUCCAUCUGAUUCUGGUUCAUUAUUAUUACUUGAUUACUUUCGAGAAAAUUCAUUACCACCAAAUUCAUUAUCAAUUCCAUUAUCUUUACCAUCUAUUACUGGUCCACCAUCUAAUUCAACUAUAGCUAAUCUUCAUUUUGCUGAUAAUAUUAAUUUAUAUGAACAAAUUCGCACAGCUCAGUGGAAUGAUUCUUCACUGUUACCAUUAUUAAAUUUUCUUCAACAUCAAAUUAUACCAACAACUGAUAAUCUUAAUAAAUUUUACAGUUUAGCACGUUUACAUCGAGUGAUUGAUGGUGCUCUUUAUCGUAUAUUUCGUACUCAUUCAUCAUCUCAAGGUCAAGCAUCUAUUAUACCAUUAUCAUCUGAACGUAUACUUCUCGUUAUUCCUGCUUCAGAAGUACCUUGUGUUAUGAAACUUGCUCAUGAUCAUGCUACAGCUGCUCAUCUCGGUCGUCGUAAAACAUUAUCUCGAUUAAUUUCACGUUUUUAUUGGCCUCAUAUGCGUCGUGAUGUUACUAAUUAUGUACGAGCAUGUAUAUUAUGUCAACAAUACAAACCUAAUAAUCAAAAACCCGGCGGUUUAAUGAAACCUAUUAUUGUAUCGGAACCGUGGCAUACAGUUGGUAUUGAUAUUACUGGUCCGCUACCUAAAACUCGUCGUGGUAAUCGUUUUAUUCUCGUGGUGGUCGAUUAUUUUACCAAAUGGGUAGAACUUUUUCCACUUCAAUCUAUUAAAUCAACUAUUAUUGCACAAGUAUUUCUUGAUGAGGUUAUAUGUCGAUUUGGAUUCCCUAUUCGUGUUAUAUCUGAUAAUGGUGUUCAAUUUCUUUCUAAAAUAUUUAUUCAACUAUGCAAUAUACUUGGUAUUCAACAUCAACGCACACCUCUUUAUCACCCACAAAGUAAUUUAAGUGAACGUAUUAAUCGUACAUUAAAACCUAUAUUAGCAUCACUUGCUCAUAAUGAUUCAAAAUCAUGGGAUCUUAAAUUAUCACAAAUUGCAUUUGCCUUACGAACUGCUCCAAGUGAAUCAACAGAUAAUUCACCUGCUUUCUUAAUGUUUGGACGUCAUCCACGUCAACCACUCGAUCUACUUUUACCACCACCUGCUGUUUCUGAUAAUUUACCAUCUUCUGAAGAGUUAUCUGCUUAUCGUAAACAAUUAUUAACUGACUUAUUACCUGCUUAUACAACUGCACGUGAAUUACUAGAUAUUUCUCACCAUACACAAGCACGUAAUUAUAAUGUUCAUCGUCGUCCAUUAGCAUUUGAACCCGGUGAUUUAGUAUGGGUGACAAGUCUAUCCGGUAUUGCCAUGGGAAAAUGGCGUGGUAGUAAACUACAACCCAGACGCGAAGGUCCAUAUAAAAUUAUCACUAAAUUAUCAUCAGUUACCUAUGAAUUAGAACAUAUUAUAUCUCAUCAACGUUUAUCACCAAUACACAUAGAACGACUUACACCUUAUUAUUCGUUUACAACCAUCUCUUAA